CUUUGCCUCCUUCCUCGCCCUGUACUAGGAAUCUCCCAUUGUUUUACUCUGAGUUGCUUAGCAUUUUGUUGAAAAAGAAUGGCUUCCCGUUUAUCUCUUCUUUGCAUGGUAAUGUUAAUGAUUUUCUCAAGCUUGCCAUGUAAGGCACAGCUUUCUUCAAACUUCUAUGAUAAUACAUGUCCUUCUGCCCUAAGUACUAUAAAGGGAGCUAUUAGUACAGCAGUCUCGCGCGAGCAAAGAAUGGCUGCUUCGCUUAUUCGCCUUCAUUUCCAUGAUUGCUUUGUUCAGGGUUGUGAUGGCUCAAUCUUGCUGGACGAUACACCAACAAUGACUGGCGAGAAAACUGCACGCAAUAAUGCCAAUUCUGUCAGAGGAUUUGAUGUCAUUGACAAUAUCAAAUCCCAACUAGAGAGCAGGUGUCCUGGAAUUGUUUCAUGUGCAGACAUUGUUGCUGUAGCAGCUCGCGAUGCUUCCGUUGCUGCUAGUGGACCUUCAUGGUCAGUGAACCUUGGAAGAAGGGACUCCACCACAGCAAGCCGAAGUUUAGCUGAUAGCAACCUUCCUGCCUUCACAGAUAGCCUUGACAGGCUCACUUCUCUGUUCGGCAGCAAAGGUUUGAGUCAAAGGGAUAUGGUUGCCCUUUCAGGAGCACAUACGAUAGGGCAAGCACAAUGUGUGACAUUCCGUGGUAGGAUUUACAACAACGCAAGUGAUAUUGAUGCUGGCUUUGCUGCAACUAGAAGAAGCCAGUGUCCAGCUGCCAGUGGCAGUGGAGACAGCAAUCUAGCACCACUAGAUUUGGUGACCCCCAAUAUUUUUGAUAACAACUACUUCAGAAAUCUUAUCCAAAAGAAGGGCCUUCUCCAAUCAGAUCAAGUACUUUUCAGCGGUGGAGCUACCGACAGUAUUGUCAACCAGUAUAGCAGAGAUUCUUCAGUUUUCAGCUCUGAUUUUGCGUCUGCCAUGGUGAAAAUGGGCAAUAUAAGUCCCUUAACAGGUUCUCAAGGACAAAUACGAAGGGUCUGCAAUGUGGUUAACUGAUUUACCAUAAUUCCAAGUCUAAAAUAUCAUCGGAAAAAAGAUUCCGCUAAUACAUAUCCUGCAUGUAAUAAGCAGUGGAUAACUAGCUUAAGUUUGUUUUAUUCCACUGCGAGGCAUCUAAACUUAUGCUGCCCCGUUCGUGUACUUUCAACUUAAAUGUAAUCAAGUUUUUUUUUUCCAGUCUAUUCUGGAAGUUGCACUGGAAAAACCUUGCACCAGUAUUAAUUUUAUGUAUUUUUACAAGUGUGUUUAUUUAACUCAGUUUCAGGAACACUUCACAAGAAAA